AACAAACUAUCUCGAGUUGAGGGCAUGGUUCGUGUUGUAAAGGCUCAGUCGGGACUCCGUGCACUAAUCAAGGGAAUGACGGGAGAAGUCCUUGACCUGCAAUUUGCGCAUAUUGAAAAGGAGCGUAUACUUGGUUCGAUUGACAUGAACUCACUUUAUAUACACAAAAUAGAUCUUGUGGAUGGCACCUUGAUUUGCAAUCUUUUAGUAAAAAUAGAUGAUCCGUUGAAUAAUUACUCUCCCAAAUAUGACAAAAUAUCAUGGUGUCCUUUUAUUGAUGUUCCCGGUGAAGAUGACGAAGACAGUCAGUUAAUUGUGUGGGCGAGAGGAUCAAUGUUGCAAUGUUUUAAUAUAAACGUUAUAAUUUCGGAAUAUGGAAUGGGUGUCAUACAACCGAAUGCUAUUUCGACAGGUUAUUUGAAAGUAUUUGAUGAAUUGUGCACUAUAAGCUGGGUGGCAUUGUCUCCCGAUGGUUCAACUCUAGGCGUAGGUAGUGUUGAUGGAGUUAUACGUUUCUAUCAGGUUUAUAUGCAUGACAAAGAACCACGAUGUUUGCAUCAAUGGAAUCCUCAUAAUGGAAAGCCUAUUUCAUCCUUCUUUUUUUUGGACAAUUUAACCAAAAAUGUUUCUGAAACUUAUUGGAAAUAUGCUAUAACCGGCGCUGCCAAUAACACUGAAUUUAAAGUGUGGGAUUGCAGUACUUGGCAAUGUCUACAAUCCCUAAGCAUUACCACGGCGAACGAAGAAAAGAAAGCACCGCGAUUUAUUGCCGAAAUCGAUCGAACGUCGGCAUAUUUAGUUUUGUCAAGUUUGGAUACCCGCACCUGUUAUAUAAUGCAAAUUGUAAAUAACAGUAAUAAUGCAUCAGCAAGUAAAGGUUCUGAUGGGAAUUUGGCAAAUAUCAGCAACAGUAGCAAUAGUAGUGUCGGUAGUUUCACAUCACUUUCAAAAAACUCGCCUUCACUCGUAUAUAUAAAGAGCAUUUCUGAAUUUCCAUUAAGUUCUGGGAUUCUAUCAUUCUCAAUCGUUGACGCUGCUGUUCGGCGUUAUAAAUGUGGCAAUGAUAAUUACCUAUGUGAUGAGUUUGAUGAUUAUGAUGAGGACACUAAUUCCACCUACUGCGUUGUGGUGCGAAUGUUUAUCGUGCAAUCGAAGAGUAUGCAAGAAUGCCGCAUACUGUAUCAACCCUCUGUUACAGAAAAUACUGAUGUGCGAAGUACCUUAUCCGAUGAAAACGGCGAAGUGAUCGCUUCCAAAGAGUCAUCAUUAUUAAAUAGCGCGAUAAGCUGCAUGGGAAGCGGUGGUGUUAAGAAUGACACUAUAGGAAUGACAAGCAGUCUCAAGAUUAAUAAAUUAUCACAUUCUCUUAUAAAAACGGAACAAUUGGACGAAGACAAUACAAAAUCAGAAAACAGUAGUGGGUUAAAUUCUUUGGAGUCACUACUAGAAAUUGCAACAAUCCCACCCGUUAGUUUGAAUAAUCAAAUAUCCGCUCAAACAGCAAUCUUAUCUUCCGUUGUCGCUGCACCCACCGCAGCAUCCGCCAUACCAUCCGCAAUACCAUCUGUGGUGACAGCUGAAAAUAAUGAUGUUGGAUCACGCGCUGCUUCUCCUCAAACAACCAAUAAAAGCUUCACACAAGUAAAUCUUAUGACACCAGAUGCAUUUAGUUCAACAUCCAGUGAUAAAAAGUCGCCAGAAUGCGUCAGUUCGGAAGUGCUGAACACGAUUUUAAUGCUAGCUAGUGUAGCGGGACAAACGCCGGCUCCAAAAUCAGAGAGUAUAAAUAUUUUGAACUUAGUAAAUAACAAAAUAAUCGAAGAUCAAGAACAUCAAAAAUUGCAAUUGAAACAGUCACUAGAAUCCCAAAAAAAAUUUAUUGCUAUUAGUAAUAAUGCCGCCCAGCAUAUGGACAAUCUAGCAAGUGGUGGCUCUAGUCCCAGUCGGGAAGUACAGGAAAUCAUGUCUCUACAAGAACAUGACAGUGGCGACGAAGAGUUACUUGAUGAAACUGCCACCACGAACAAGGCGAAAGUGGAUAACCAAUCCGAUGGAAAAGACUUAGAAGUAUCGUCGGCCAAGUGUCAUUCGACGACCAAUAUUACAAAUUGGCCAAAAGUUCCGGAAUUGCCGAAAGCUACUACCAAGCAAUCCACUGAACUUCAGAACGCAGCGCAUUUAAUUUCCCAAGCAGUAAAUGCCUCAUCAGGAAAUAAUCUUAAUAAUAGCCAUGCUGCUCCGAACCUCAUUAGCAUCAACAGCAGCAAUAAUGGGAAUCUCGAAGGAGCGGGGAGUAAAAGUAAUACAGACCUCACGGAGUUAAAUGGAAAAAUAAACGAAUUAAUUGAACUUGCAAAAAUGCAGUCGAUGCAAAUUAACAACCUUCAAGCAGAAAUAUCCAGCAUGAAGAAAGCUAAUCCCAUGUCAUCCACGAAAAGUAUGUCCGAGUUCUCAUUUAAACUCGAAAUGCAGCUAUCAAAGCUGAUGGAGCAAUAUCUUAAACGUUAUGAAAAUGAGCACAAAAAAAAGUUGACUGCUUUUAUGGCCGGACGGGAGCAGCAAAAUAGAGAGUUACGUGACAGUUUCAUACAGAUAAUGAAUCAAUAUGUAUUAACUCAUCUUGGUGAUGUAGUAUCUAAAGUGAUAAACAUCGAAAUUCAACGUCAAUUAGCGCCAAUGUUAUCAGCGAAGAUUGAUCACUUGCAGCAACAAAUACAAAUAGAUGUCGCUCAGAAGCUAACAGCAUUUGAUCUCAUGCUUAAGGAUAACAUUUCACAAGUGUGCAAAAGCAAGAACAUAAUUGACACUUUUGGAAAAUCCGUUUUGGUGGGGGUUCAAGGGAGUCUGCAGGCAGCAUUCAUUGAAUCCAUGUCAAGUACUUUGAUACCUGCAUACGAAAAAAUUUGGUGA